AUGACUAGCGUUGACUCCUUGCCUGAGCUUCAAACCCCAACACAACCGACUAUGAACCCAAUCCGCUUCAUCACCAUUCUCGUUGCGACUGCUGUCGUCGCCAUCGCGGCUCCAGUCCCAGCUCCCAACCCGAAUCCUGGAUUUGGAUUACCGACGAGUACAGCAGAGGCAACUCCAACUGAAGGAGCCGCUGCUAAUGGGUGCUGGAACUGGAUGGCAUGUCAGGACAUUUGA